CGCAGAUGGGCAUUUAACGCCGUUUUCGUAUAACAGAAAAGGUUUAGAUAAGGCUUCAUGCACUAAAAAUCACCGAAACCUACGUAUUCGUUUACCCACAGCUGAUUCUCUGGCGGCUUCCCGAGUCAGCUGUGUUGAUGUAGUUUGUCUUAAAAAUUUAUAUCUACGCAAAGGUACACGAAUAGAUUUCAGUGUGAUAUUGUCAAUCCGGAGCCCUGUUACUUUUUGAUGUGGCUUGCAACAGAAAACUAGGAUCAAGCCUGCAUUCGGACCGUUUUGCGCAUUCGCGGCUGGGACCUGUUAACCGCCUUGACCUGAAACCUCUUCAACUACUACUCGUAAAUUUUGGCAACGCUAGAAGUACAGAUGGAGAACACAGGAAAACUUCGGGGGCUAACCAUCUUCAUAACGGGUGCAAGUCGCGGCAUUGGCAAGGAAAUCGCUCUCAAAUGCGCCAAGGAUGGUGCCAACAUCGUAAUCGCUGCGAAGACAGCACAGGCGCAUCCGAAGCUACAAGGUACAAUCUACACAGCUGCUGCUGAAGUGGAAGCCGCGGGUGGCAAGUGUCUUCCUCUUAUAGUUGAUGUUCGCGAUGAACAAAGCGUGGCUUUGGCCGUUGAGGAAGCUGUGCGAAGAUUUGGAGGAAUCGAUGUACUCGUCAAUAACGCAUCGGCCAUCAGCCUUACGUCAACCGAAAACACAGAGAUGAAACGCUAUGACCUUAUGCAUCAAGUUAACGUGAGGGGAACAUUUCUCACCUCUAAGUACUGCAUUCCACAUCUUAAGGCCUCUCAAUAUGGAGGACGGAUCCUCAACAACUCGCCGCCGCUGGAGAUGAAUGCCCGAUGGUUCGCACCUCAUUGCGCUUACACAAUGACCAAAUUCGGUAUGUCAAUGUGUGCUCUGGGGAUGGCUGAAGAAUUCCGGGGUUAUGUGGCCGUCAACACUCUAUGGCCGAAGACUAUGAUUCAUACCGCUGCCUCGAAACUGCUUGCAGGAGGAGACUCACACACUUCACAGGCCCUAUCGAGAAGGCCAACGAUUAUGGCAGAUGCCGCCUACGCAAUACUCUGUAAACCUAUGGACUUUACAGGAAAUUUCUGCAUUGAUGAGGAGGUGCUUCGAAAUGAGGGUGACCGUAUCUGCUGACGUUAUCAUCGGCAAGGAUGUAUUCGGAUUAAGCGUUGGUCAUCAUCCCAACAGAUUUGGCGUACCAGCAAUAUUUAUUCAUGGUCUUUACGUCACAGCAUUCGUUACCCUUCGCGUUUCUGAAAUGAUAAGGUAGAGUUGAGUUAAGGGGAAAAGUAAAGAGGCUUUGGGGCUAUUUUAUGGUUUCAUUUAGCCCACCAAGUGGGUCUUCGGUCCGACUUGGCUGUGCAUAUAACUUUGUACUUUGCAUUGGAACUUAGCGGUUAACUCAGUGUCAGCCAAAUAUCUAAGAUCACUUAACCUGAAGCUUACGGACGAACCAUUUGGGCAAUUCGAUGUACAAAGCGCACUCAGUUGUGCCGAUUGUGCAUUUCAUGACUAUCUCAUGGUGAAGGUACGCUAAAUAGUACAAAGGAAAGGCCCUGAUAAAAAUUCAUCUCAUUACGACUGGGUGUGUUUUUUUUGUUUCCCCAUAUUGGUUAGUAUAUAUUGCGAAAAUAAGCUAUCUAUUAUCAUUGCAUCGUGGAUAUUAGUAUUGAAAAAUCUAAGUAUGCUGCCCUUUAUGGAAUAAAUAGCACAUGGAAUACAGUCCAUUAAGUAGCCAACAAUGUGCUUAACUGAAAAAACCCAGAACUAUCGCGUGUGCCGAAGGUAUGCUUAUUAGAUGUUGUUCGAUCGAGUAGUCAACAAGAUAUAACUGUACUUUGAUAGUCUGACACGAAUAUUUAUCUUUUGCAUCGUUAGGUUUUUUCUUAUGUGUUGCUAAAAACAGCAAGGGCCUAAUUGGCCCAAGUGAUGCUUCGAAUUUGAAGAGCUAUUGAAAAAUAUGAAUAUGUUCCAUUCUGAAAGUUUCAGAGUUAAUAUUAGAUUUACGCUGAGGUAACAAUAACAAUUCAAGAACAGAACGAUAAUGGUUCGAACGUACCGUAUAACAUGCAAUAGCAUCGAUCGUACUGUAUCUAUCCUUGGGCAUCGCCUUAUAGGAUGCCUAUCAUACAAGAGUAAAAUAAUCGAAUUAAGGCAGUGAGACAAAAUCAUGCCGAACAUAUGAUAAGAUAACCAAAAACAAGUUAAUAGAAUAAAGCACAGGAUGAACGAAUGGCUCGGUCAAUCCAAGGGCUUAACUAAGGUAGGCUGACGGGUGGAGUGCGACGAGAAGAGCAAGGCGAUGCAGCAGGGCGAUAGAACGACUCGCGUUCAGAUUUCGAUCGAGAAGGUCUGAGCUUGCCUUUGGUUAGA